AUGCGGAAGUAAAGCGACACCAUUGAACCCCACUCAUUUUGAGUGUCUCCGAAGAAAGAUAGCUGAGCUGAAGAGCAAUUCUUGUGGGAACCCAGGGGUUCCUAAUAAAGGCAUUCUGAACGGGACACAGUUCAACAUAGGGGACAAGAUUUGCUACAGGUGUGUGACGGGCUAUGUCCUGGAUGGACACUCGCACCUCACCUGCCUCACUAAUGGGGCCAACGUGGCUGUUUGGGACUUUCCCGUCCCCAUCUGCAGAGCGGAGGACACUUGUGGUGGGACAAUCAGGGGCUCCAGCGGCAUUAUCUCCAGCCCUGAUUUCCCAGGUGACAGCUCCAGUAGCGGGGACUGUAAGUGGACCAUCCUGGCCGACCCUGGAGAUACCAUCUCGCUGGUAUUCACAGACUUCCAGGUGGAGGAGAAGUCGGGCUCUCUGGAAGUAGAGGGAUCAAAACCUCCAAAUAUCUGGUUAUCUGGAAUGAAUAUUCCAACACCCAUCAUCAGCAACAAAAAUUGGCUGAGACUUCAUUUUGUGUCUGAGAAUAACCAUAGACAAAAAGGAUUCCGAGCUCAAUAUCAAGUGAAAAGCUCUGGAGAGCUCAAAUCCAGAGGGGUAAAAUUAUUACCAGGGAAGGACAACACUAACAAACUCUCUUUGAUGAAUGAGGGAGGGAUCAAGCAGGUGUCUAACUACUGCCCUGACCCAGGAGAGCCUGAAAAUGGAAAACGCACCGGUUCAGACUUCAGCAUUGGAGCGACUGCUCAGUUUACAUGUGAUGAAGACCACGUGCUCCAGGGAUCCAAGAGCAUCACCUGCCAACGUGUAGCUGAGGUGUUCGCUGCCUGGAGCGAUCACAGGCCUGUCUGCAAAGUUAAAACAUGUGGAUCGAACUUGCAAGGACCGUCUGGUACCUUUACGUCUCCUAACUUCCCUAUUCAGUACGAGAGUAAUUCCCAGUGUGUGUGGAUCAUCACUGCCAGCGACCCCAAUAAGAUCAUCCAGAUUAAUUUUGAGGAGUUUGACUUGGAAAUCGGAUAUGACUCAUUGACUAUUGGAGAUGGAGGAGAAGUAGGUGAUUCCAAAAAAGUUAUCCAAGUCCUGACAGGCAGCUUUGUACCUGACCUUAUAGUCAGCAUAUCCCAUCAAAUGUGGCUGCACCUCCAGUCGGAUGAGAGUGUGGGCUCUAUCGGCUUUAAGAUCAACUAUAAAGAGAUAGAAAAAGAGAGUUGUGGUGACCCAGGCACACCUCUCUAUGGGUAUCAGGAGGGCAGUGGGUUUCUGAAUGGCAACGUGCUGCGCUUUGAAUGCCAGUUUGGAUUUGAAGUCAUCGGGGAAAGAAUGAUUACCUGCCAAAACAAUAACCAGUGGUCGGCUAAUAUUCCUAUUUGCAUAUUUCCAUGUUUCUCCAACUUCACAGCAGCCCAGGGGACGGUGCUGUCUCCUGACUACCCAGAGGGUUAUGGCAACAAUCUGAAUUGUGUGUGGCUCAUCAUCUCAGAGCCAGGCAGUCGUAUCUACCUGGCAUUCAAUGACUUUGACCUGGAGCCGCCCUAUGACUUCCUGACCGUGAAGGAUGGCGACCAGUUGGGCUCGGCCGUGCAGGACCGUUUCACAGGGGCCGAAGUGCCCUCCCAUCUGACUUCCAACUCAAAUGUUCUGCAACUGGAGUUCCAGGCUGACCACUCCAUGUCUGGCCGAGGUUUCAACAUCACAUACAGCACUUUUGGGCAUAACGAGUGCCCGGACCCUGGUAUCCCUUUGAAUGCCAGGCGGUUUGGUGACAAUUUCCAGCUGGGAAGCUCGAUCUCGGUGGUGUGUGAGGAAGGCUUUAUCAAGACUCAGGGAACAGACAUCCUUGUCUGCCAGUUGGAAGGAGGCAAGGUCAUGUGGAGUGGGCCUAUCCCAAAGUGUGAAGCUCCCUGUGGGGGACACUACUCUGGACCUGCCGGAGUCAUCGUUUCCCCUGGGUGGCCAGGCUACUACAAGGACUCACUAAGUUGUGAGUGGGUCAUCGAGGCUGAGCCAGGGCGCUCCAUCAAGAUGAGCUUUGACAGGUUUCAGACAGAGCUCAGCUAUGAUUUUCUUGAGGUCCACGAUGGUCCCAAUCUGCUUUCCUCACUGAUUGGGUCCUUUAACGGGACCCAGGUGCCUCAGUUCCUGUUCAGCAGCAGCAACUUCCUGUACCUGCUCUUUACCACAGACAAUAGCCGCUCCAACAGCGGCUUUAAGAUUUUCUAUGAAGUUGUGACACUUGACACAUUCUCCUGCAUGGAUCCUGGCAUACCAGUCAAUGGUGUCCGUAAUGGACAUGACCUAUCCAUCGGCUCCUCGGUAUCCUUCCAGUGUGACCCAGGGUAUAGACUGAGCCAUGAGGAACUGCUGCUCUGUGAGAAGAACCACUUUUGGAGUCACCAACUUCCUACAUGUGAUGCAUCCUGUGGAGGGGAUGUGAGAGGCCCCAGUGGCAUCAUGUUGUCGCCUGGAUACCCAGAGCUUUACCCUAGCUCUCUCAACUGUACUUGGGGAGUGGAAGUAAGCCAUGGGAAAGGAGUGCAGUUCACCUUCCACUCCUUUCACCUGGAGGAUCACCAUGACUACCUGCUGAUCACAGAGAAUGGCAGCUUCGCUCAGCCUUUAGCUCGCCUCACUGGCUCCGAGCGUCCUGCCCCGGUCAAUGCCGGUCUCUAUGGCAACUUUAAGGCCCAGCUCCGAUUCAUCUCCGACUUCUCCAUUUCCCUGCAGGGAUUCAACAUCUCCUUCUCCGAGUACGACCUGGAACCCUGUGAGGACCCCGGCAUGCCAAAGUUCGGCUGGCACUCAGGCACCAGCUUUGGCAUCGGCGACUCGUUGGAUUUCUCUUGCAAUGUGGGCUAUCGCCUGCAGGGAGUGAAGGAGAUGUCAUGCUUGGGAGGUGGCCGCCGUAUGUGGAGUGCCCCUCUGCCAAGGUGUGUGGCGGAGUGUGGCUCGAUGGUCUCUAACAACGAGGGAGUUCUGCUGUCUCCUAACUACCCUUCAGACUAUGACAAUAGCCAUGAGUGUGUGUACAGCAUCCAGGUGCAGGCUGGCAAGGGCAUUAACAUCUCUGCCAGCAACUUUCAAUUGGCACAGGGGGAUAUUCUCAAGGUGUAUGAUGGAAGGGACAAUGCUGCCCCGGCCCUGGGGACCUAUACUGGCUCCACCAUGCUGGGGCUGGCCCUCACCAGCACUUCCAAUUACCUGUGGCUGGAGUUUUACUCGGACCAGGAGCACACCGCAGGCGGAUUCAAGCUUAUCUACUCUAGUUUCAAGCUCUCUCAUUGCGAGGAUCCUGGAGUGCCGCAGUUUGGGUUCAAAGUGAGCGACCAGGGUCACUUUGCUGGCAGUGCCAUUACAUAUGGCUGUGACCAAGGCUACACCCUGCAUGGGAUUGACAUACUUAACUGCAUGACUGGAGAGAGAAGGGCAUGGGACAACCACCUCCCUUCAUGCAUAGCAGAGUGUGGUGGUCGAUAUGUAGGUCAGCCAACAGGCCGUAUACUGUCACCAGGAUAUCCCUUCCCCUACGAUAACAACCUCCGCUGUACCUGGACUAUCCGAGUCAACUCUGGCAACAUUGUCAGUCUCCAGUUCUUGGCCUUUGACACAGAGGCGUCACAUGACAUCCUGAAGGUGUGGGACGGUCCACCUGAGAACGAGAUGUCCCUGAAGGAGGUGAGCGGUUCUUUACUCCCUGACGGCAUCCACUCUACCCUCAACCUCAUCACAAUCCAGUUUGAGACUGACUUCUACAUCACAAAGUCCGGCUUUGCCAUCGACUUCUCAAGUUCAGUGGCAACAGCCUGCAGGGAUCCUGGGAUGCCUAUGAAUGGCAGCCGCAAUGGGGAAGGGCGCGAGCCAGGCGACACAGUGACAUUCUCUUGUGAUCCUGGAUACGAGCUGCAGGGGGAAAGCAAAAUUACCUGCAUCCAAGUGGAAAAUAGAUACUACUGGCAGCCCAGCCCUCCCAGCUGCAUCGCUCCUUGUGGUGGAAAUGUGACAGGAUCCUCGGGGUUCAUUUUAUCUCCAAACUUCCCCCUUCCCUACCCUCACAGCAAAGACUGUGAUUGGCUCAUCGCUGUCCACUCAGACUAUGUCAUAUCACUGGCAUUCAUCAGUUUCAGUAUUGAGCCUAAUUAUGACUUCCUGUAUAUCUACAAUGGGCCGGAUAGCAACAGCCACCUGAUCGGCAGUUUCCAGGACAGCAAAUUGCCUGAGAAAAUCGAGAGUACAUCCAACUUUAUAUAUCUGGCCUUUCGCAGUGAUGGCUCUGUUAGCUACACUGGCUUUCACAUGGAAUACAAAGCCAAGCUACGGGAGGCUUGCUUUGAUCCCGGGAGUGUGAUGAAUGGGACCAAAUUGGGGAGUGACUACAAGAUGGGAUCCAUGGUGACUUUUCACUGUGAGGCUGGUUACUUGUUGCAGGGAUACUCCACCCUCACUUGCAUUAUGGGAAACAGCAAGAGACCAGAGUGGGACAGAGCCAAGCCCAUCUGCCAAGCACCAUGUGGGGGUCGCUCUACAGGAUCAGAGGGGACUGUGCUGUCUCCAAACUACCCACAUAAUUAUACCCAUGGUCAGACCUGUCGCUACGAUAUCUUUGUCCCCGGGGACUACGUGCUUUUUGGCCAGUUUGUGGUUUUCCAGACGUUAGCCACUGAUGUUGUGGAGAUCUACGAUGGGCAGUCCCUAGAACCACCCCUGCUCUCCUCCAUCUAUGGAUUUCACUCAGGAGAAACACUGCCUUUGAGUUCUGGCAACAAAAUCACCAUCAAAUUCACCACUGUGGGUACAGAGACUGCCAAGGGAUUUCACUUUGUCUACCAAGCUGUCCCCAGGACCAGUGCAUCCCAGUGCAGCUCUGUCCCCGAGCCCCGGUUUGGAAAGCGUGUGGGGAAUGACUUCAGUAUAGGCACGCUAGUGCUGUUUGAGUGCAACCCGGGUUACACUCUGCAUGGCGACAGUGCCAUCCGCUGUGAGGCAGUUCCCAAAAUGCUCGCACAGUGGAACGGCACUGUACCCACCUGUGUUGUCCCCUGUGGAGGGGUACUGACUGCUCGCAGGGGGACCAUACUAUCUCCAGGAUACCCAGAACCCUACGCCAACCAUCUGAACUGCGCCUGGAAGAUUUCUGUGCCGGAGGGAGCCGGCAUUCAAAUCCAAGUCAUAACCUUCGCCACAGAGCACAAUUGGGAUUCGUUGGACUUUUUUGAUGGGGUUGACAGUAAUGCCCCCAGGCUUGGUAGCUAUUCAGGCACCACCAUCCCUCAGUUGCUAAACAGCACAUCCAACAACCUGUACCUAACCUUCCAGUCAGACAUCAGCUUGUCAUCCUCGGGAUUUCACCUCGACUACACAGCAAUAGGUUUGGAUUCUUGCCCAGAACCUCAAGUCCCCAGCCACAGUACAAAAGUGGGGGAUCGCUACACUGUGGGUGAUAUGGUGUCCUUUCAGUGCGACCAAGGAUACUCUUUGCAGGGUAAUUCACACAUUACAUGUAUGCCCGGACCUGUUAGAAGAUGGAAUUACCCUGUGCCACUUUGUCUAGCUCAGUGUGGUGGCUCUAUGACAGAGAUCAGCGGUGUGAUCCUGAGCCCCGGUUUUCCAGGAAAUUACCAGAGCAGCCUGGACUGCAGCUGGAGAGUCCAACUCCCCAUUGGCUUUGGCAUCCACCUGCAGUUUCUAAACUUCUCUACCGAAGCAGUGCAUGACUACCUAGAGGUUCGCAGUGGGGACCCGGAGAGGGGCUCUGUGAUCGAUCGCUUCAGUGGAUCUGCUGUGCCCGAGUCUCUCUUCAGCACCACCCAUGAGACCAGCUUGGUCUUCCACAGUGACUAUUCCCAGAACAAGCCUGGGUUCCACAUUGUCUACGAGGCCUACGAGCUCCAGAGGUGCCCUGAUCCUCAGCCGUUCCGCAACGGCAUUGUGAUUGGCAGAGACUUCAAUGUGGGCAUGACCAUUUCCUUCGAGUGUCUGCCGGGGUACACACUGCUGGGCGAAACCUCGCUUACCUGUCAGCACGGAGUCAGUCGGAACUGGAAUUACCCGGUGCCACACUGCGAUGCUCUGUGUGGAGGAAAUGUUACGUCUAUGAAUGGCACCAUCUAUUCCCCAGGACAUCCAGCAGACUACCCCAACUUCCAGGACUGCCUGUGGAGUGUAAGGGUGCCUCCAGGCUACGGGAUCUACAUUAACUUCACCAUCAUCAACACUGAGCCCAUAUACGACUACAUCACUGUUUGGGAUGGUCCAGACCAAGGCUCACCUCAGGUUCGCCAAUUCAGUGGAAGCUCCACCCAGGAUGGAGUCUACACGACCGCCAAUCAAAUCCUCAUUAAGUUCCACAGUGAUUUUAGCAAUAACGGCUUUUUCAUCCUCAGUUACCAUGUCUACCAGCUAAGGGUCUGCCAGGCUCCCCCGCCUGUAGCCAAUGCGGAUGUCCUCACCGAUGAUGACAAGUUUGAAAUAGGGGACAUCAUCAGGUACUCCUGUCUGCCAGGGUUCACCUUACUGGGCAGUGAGAUCCUGACCUGCAGGCUCGGCGAGAGGCUACAGAUGGACGGGCCCCCACCUGUCUGCCAUGUACAAUGCCCUGCUCAUGAGGUGCGUUUUGAAUCAACUGGUGUGAUUCUGAGUCCGGGAUACCCAGAAAGCUACCCCAAUCUGCAGAUGUGUUCCUGGCUCAUUAAUGUGGAGAAAGGUUACAACAUCACCCUCCAUUUUGGGCUCUUCCAGACAGAGAAGGAGUUUGACAUCUUGGAGAUAUUUGAUGGGCCCAACAUUUACAGCCAGAACCUGGCAUCUCUCAGUGGUGAUGUGGUCACACCAUUCAGUCUGACCACCACUGGUCACCAGCUCCUGCUCCGAUGGUCGUCUGACCAUGGCACCAACCGUCGCGGCUUCCACCUAAGAUAUGUGGGUGAGUAUCAAACUAUGUACUGCAGUACUCCAGACUCUCCUCAGCACGGUUUUGUGGUGAGCCAAACAGGGGGACACGUGAAUAGUGUGGUGCGCUGGGCUUGUGACCGGGGCUAUCGGCUCAUCGGGAAGGCUACAGCGGUCUGUAAAAAUACCUCUUAUGGGUACUAUGCCUGGGACUCACCUGUUCCUGCAUGCCAAGCUGUGUCGUGUGGGGUACCCACUGCUCCAGCAAAUGGAGGUGUGCUGGCUGCUGAUUUCUCCGUUGGCAUACGAUUGACCUACUUUUGCAACAUCGGCUACCGAUUGUCUUCCAAGGAACUGACGACCACAGUCUGCCAACCGGAUGGCUUGUGGAGUAACCACAACAAGAUACCCCGCUGCAUAGUCAUGGUGUGCCCAAGUCUGAGCUCCUUUUCACUGGACCACGGAAAGUGGAAGAUUGACAAUGGCUCUCACUACGAGUACAGAACUAAGAUAAUCUUCAUCUGCAACCCUGGCUACUACCGCCUCGGCCCAGCCCACAUUCAGUGCCUGGCCAACGGGGCUUGGAGCUGGCGCAACGAAAGGCCUCGAUGCAAGAUUAUUUCGUGUGGUGAUCUUCUGACUCCUCCUAAUGGAAAGAAGAUUGGGACGCAGACAACUUUUGGAGCAUCAGCCAUCUUCAGCUGUGACCCUGGCUAUGUUCUUGGGGGGUCCCCGGUCCGAGAGUGUCUUUUAUCAGGACUUUGGAGUGGAUUGGACACUCAGUGCCUAGCUGGGCACUGUGGGAUACCAGAACACAUUGUGAAUGGCCAGGUGAUUGGAGAGAACUUUGGCUACAGAGACACAGUGGUGUACCAGUGCAACCCAGGGUUUCGCCUCAUUGGCUCUUCAGUCCGAAUUUGUCAGCAGGACCACAACUGGUCCGGUCAGAAACCAGCCUGUAUCUCGAUCACUUGUGGUCAUCCGGGAAGCCCUAUCUAUGGUCGUACCAUAGGGGACGGCUUCAACUACAACGAUGUUGUCAGCUUUUCCUGUAACAAGGGCUACACCUUGGAAGGGCCCUCCAGUGCCCAGUGCCAGGCCAACUGCCAGUGGAACCAACAGCCACCUACAUGCAGAGUGGUCAACUGUACUGAUCCCGGGAUCCCAACCAACUCCAUACGAGAGAGUAAGAUUGAGCAUGGCAACUUUACCUUCGGCAGCGUGGUGUUCUAUGAUUGCAACCUAGGCUACUACCUGUUUGGAUCUUCUGUGCUCACUUGUCAACCAGCUGGACACUGGGACAAACCUCUACCAGAAUGCCUUGAGGUGGACUGUGGCCAUCCCGGUUGCCCUCCUUAUGGGGUCCUGUACGGGGACAGGUUUACGUUUGGCUCUACAGUGCAGUACACCUGCGAAGGUGAUCGAGAGCUCAUAGGAGAGGCCUCUCUCACCUGCCAGCUCAACAGACACUGGAGCGCUCCAUUGCCUCACUGCUCAGGUGACACUGCCGGAACCUGUGGGGACCCAGGCACCCCGGUCCAUGCCAGCAGAGAAGCAGGCAAUUUCAAGCUGCGCAGUAAAGUGCGCUUCACCUGUGUGUCAGGCCACACGUUGUACGGCUCAGCUGAGAGGAUCUGCUUUCCCAAUGGGACCUGGUCAGGAAGACAGCCCUUCUGCAAACCAAAGCAGUGUGGGAAUCCAGGAACCCCUGCCCACAGUAGGAUAUUCCGAGUCGAUGGCACAACCUUCUCCCACUCAAUAGUCUACUCCUGUAUGGACGGUUACUUCCUUUCAGGCCUGCCCACACGUCAUUGUCUGGCCAAUAGCACAUGGUCUGGCACUGCCCCAAACUGUACCCUAAUCGCCUGUGGCGAUCCAGGUGUGCCUGGCAAUGGAAUCAGGUUUGGGGACGACUUUGCUGUGGGGCAUAACGUGACAUUCAUGUGCCAGCCAGGGUUUGAGAUGGAGGGACACUCUGGUUCCGGUUCUGUCACCCACACCUGUACCCACAACAGCACCUGGAGCUCCACCUUGCCUACCUGCAAAGUGGUUACAUGCUCUCCACCCCCACCUGUUGCUAAUGGGCAUCUGGAGGGCACUGUGUUUGAGUGGAGCACCAGCGUGAGUUACAGCUGCUUGCAAGGCUAUGAGCUCUCUUUCCCAGCAGUACUUACCUGCGUGGGGAACGGCACCUGGAGAGGAGACGUGCCUCAGUGUCUACCCGAGUUCUGUGGAGAUCCGGGGACCCCAGCCCAAGGCAGGAGAGAGGGACGUAGUUUCAUAUUCAAGUCAGAAGUGACUUUCAUAUGCAACGCUCCCUAUGUCCUGGUGGGCUCAGCUACACGUGUGUGCAGGGAGGAUAGCACCUGGAGUGGGUCACAGCCACGCUGCAUUGAUCCCAGCAGGAGUAUCUGUGAAAACCCAGGAACACCUGAAAAUGGUUCUAUGAAUAUUAGCCUGGGUUUCAAGGUGGGCAGUAAGGUAGAGUUCCUGUGUCAGCAGGGCCACCUGCUCCAGGGCUCCACCACUCGACUCUGCAUGCCUGACCUGACCUGGAGUGGUUCUCAGCCCAAAUGCAUCUCUCACUUCUGCAAGCAGCCAAAGAACCCAGCCAAUGCUGAUGUGGUUGGUCUGGACUUGCCGAGCUAUGGCUACACCCUGGUCUACAGCUGCCAGCCCGGCCACAUCCUAUCUGGAGGCUCUGAGCAUCGUGUCUGUCGUUCUGAUGGCAGCUGGACCGGCAAGGUCCCUGUGUGCCGAGUAGGCUCCAAAUUGACAGAGAAAACUACUAAACCACUUCCAGGGACACCAAGUCCAAAAAUAAAAGUCCCUGAUGAUGUCUUCGCUCCCAAUUUCAUCUGGAAAGGCUCCUAUCACUACAAGGGGCAGAAGCAGCCGAUGACUUUGACAAUCACCAGAUUCAACAUGACCACAGGAAAAGUCAACGUGACUCUGACUGACAGCAGCAUGGAGUUCCUGCUCUCGGGAGUGUAUAAGAACCAGGAAGCUCGUCUGAUGCUGGUGCUGUACAACAUGAGGGCUCUGGCCCACACCACCUUCAGCAAGAUCACCGAUGAGACCUGGGCCAUGGAUGGCUUUGUUUCUGCUGAACACGAUGGUGGCAGUUAUGUGUUUCAAGGCUUCAUACAAGGCAAAGACUACGGCUCGUUUGGACUGCAGAGACUAGGUAUGACUGUUAAGGAGAAUGCCACGACUCCUAAUACCCCUCAUGGCACCAACAGUAGUUCUGUAGCCGUCGCGAUUCUGGUCCCUUUCUUUGCCCUCAUCCUGGCUGGCCUGGCCUUCUAUGUGUACAAGCAGAGGAAAACAGAUAAGACUCAAUACACAGGCUGCUCGGUCCUUGAAAACAACAAUGGCCAAGCCACCUUUGAAAACCCUAUGUACAACACCAACGCAAAAGCAACUGAGGGGAAAGUUGUCCGUUUCGAUCCCAACCUCAACACUGUCUGCACCAUGGUCUGAUGUUUGGCCUCACAUGCUUUCAUUCUGGAUGAAGACAUUAGUAUCGGCACGUUUCUGAAGGACUGCAUCCUCAGAAAUUCAAAGCACACUUUCAGGAAUGGAUACUGUAGUUGUGCGUUUGUGUAUGCGUGUCUGUACAUUUGUGUUUGCGCCUGUGAGUAUGAGUUUAGAUCUUCACAAGAUUGGUGUUGGUGAAGUGUUCUUAUAGCUACUGCUCUUACACUCUGUGAGUGUGUACUUUAUUAAUAUCCUCUGGUGUAUUUGAAAAUUGAGUAUAUUUAUGCUCUGAACUGCUUUUGCGGAUGGAAAUGUAUUUCACAGCCAAACCAAAUGUAACCUUUAUUCCCACUGUCACAAAGACUAUGGUCCCUAUGGCCCCUGGUAGCCAUAUAUUCUGUACAUUGGUUCUUAUAAAUAGUAUCAUUCUGAAGUUCACAGCUCUCAACUGAGAGAUCCAUUGUUUAAG